CCCAUCGUUUUCUCGUACCAAAUCAACCUCAUUAUCCCAUAAAUUAACCCAAACCCAACCCAUCUCUCCCUCAUUUUUAUCUACUCAAUUAUUGUAUUUGUAUAUAUAUAUAUAUCUACAAUCCAACUCACAUUGAUCAAAUACUUUACUAACAUUUCAAGAUCCCAAUUCAUUAGGCCUGAGUAGUGGCAGUUAUUGGAAGACUAAACAAUAAUCAUAAUUAAUAAUAAUAAUGAGGAUUGAAGAUGGAGGUGAAGAAUUAGUAUCAGCUUCAAGAAAUCAUCUUGUUUUUGCUUAUUAUGUCACUGGUCAUGGUUUUGGUCAUGCCACUCGUGUUGUCGAGGUUGUUCGGCACCUCAUUCUUGCUGGCCAUGAUGUACAUGUGGUUACUGGUGCACCCGACUUUGUCUUUACUACCGAAAUACAAUCUCCAAGGCUUUUUCUUCGGAAGCUAGUAUUGGACUGUGGUGCUGUUCAAGCAGAUGCUUUAACAGUGGAUCGACUCGCAUCCUUAGAAAAGUAUUCUGAGACAGCCGUUGCACCUCGUGCUUCAAUUUUGGCUACAGAAGUUGAGUGGCUGAACUCCAUCAAGGCUGACUUAGUGGUGUCAGAUGUUGUUGCAGUUGCAUGUCGAGCAGCAGCUGAUGCCGGUAUACGCUCAGUUUGUGUAACAAAUUUCAGCUGGGACUUCAUUUAUGCGGAAUAUGUUAUGGCUGCUGGAUAUCAUCAUAGGUCAAUAGUGUGGCAGAUAGCUGAAGAUUAUUCACAUUGCGAAUUCCUAAUUCGUCUACCUGGAUAUUGCCCAAUGCCUGCUUUUAGGGACGUGAUUGAUGUACCUUUGGUUGUGAGGAGGCUGCACAAAACACGCAAGGAGGUGCGGAGUGAAAUGGGAAUUAGUGAGGAUGUGAAGCUUGUUAUCCUUAAUUUUGGUGGACAACCAGCAGGUUGGAAGUUAAAAGAGGAAUACUUGCCUCCUGGCUGGCUCUGCCUGGUGUGUGGGGCAUCUGAACAGGAUCUUCCUCCCAAUUUCAUAAAGCUCCCAAAAGAUGUGUAUACGCCUGAUGUUAUGGCAGCAUCAGAUUGUAUGCUUGGAAAAAUUGGAUACGGAACUGUCAGUGAAGCCUUGGCGUACAAAUUACCUUUCGUCUUUGUGCGCAGAGAUUAUUUCAAUGAGGAACCAUUUUUGAGAAAUAUGCUUGAGUAUUAUCAAGGUGGUGUUGAGAUGAUAAGGAGGGAUCUGUUAACGGGUCAUUGGACUCCAUACCUUGAACGGGCGACUAGUUUGAAGCCUAGCUAUGAUGGUGGAGUUAAUGGUGGUCAGAUUGCAGCUCGUAUUUUACAGGACACUGCAAAUGGAAAAAAUUAUGCAUCAGAUAAACUUAGCGGGGCAAGAAGAUUACGUGAUGCCAUAAUCUUAGGAUAUCAGCUACAAAGAGCUCCUGGAAGGGAUAUCAGUAUCCCUGAAUGGUAUGCGAGUGCUGAGAAUGAACUUGGUCUUCGUACAGGAUCACAUUCAGUUGUUAAUAAUAAUUAUAGCUUACUCGAGAAUUCAGAUGCCGGGGAUUUUGAUAUACUUCAUGGAGAUGUCAUGGGUCUUCCGGACACUAUUAGUUUUUUGAGGAGUUUGGCAGAACUAGAUAUUGCAUACGAUUCUGUAAAAAAUACAGAAAAACAUCAUGUCCGAGAGCGCAAGGCUGCUGCUGGUCUCUUCAAUUGGGAGGAAGAUAUAUAUGUUGCAAGAGCACCUGGAAGAUUGGAUGUCAUCGGUGGAAUUGCUGAUUAUUCUGGAAGUCUCGUUUUGCAGAUGCCAAUUAGAGAAGCUUGUCAUGUUGCUGUGCAAAAAAUCCAGCCAAAUAAGCAGAGGCUCUGGAAACAUGCACAGGCUCGACAGAAUGCCAAAGGACAUGGACCUACACCUGUACUCCAAAUUGUGUCAUACGGGUCAGAAUUGAGCAAUCGUGGCCCGACAUUUGACAUGGACAUAUCUGAUUUCAUGGAUGGUGAUCAGCCAAUUUCAUACGAGAAGGCCAGAAGUUACUUUGCCCGUGAUCCGUCACAAAAAUGGGCUGCAUAUGUUGCUGGCACCAUUCUUGUUUUAAUGAAAGAGUUAGAUAUCCGAUUCGAAAGCAGCAUUAGCAUGCUGGUUUCGUCAGCUGUCCCUGAAGGCAAAGGUGUAUCUUCUUCUGCCUCGGUGGAGGUAGCCAGCAUGUCAGCAAUAGCUGCUGCUCAUGGAUUGAAUAUUAGUUCAAGGCAGCUUGCUUUACUUUGCCAAAAGGUAGAAAACUCUGUUGUUGGAGCUCCAUGUGGGGUGAUGGAUCAGAUGGCUUCUGCAUGUGGUGAAUCUAAUAAGCUUCUUGCUAUGAUUUGCCAGCCUGCCGAGGUAUUGGGAUUGGUGGACAUUCCUAGUCAUAUACGUUUUUGGGGUAUUGACUCGGGUUUACGACACAGUAUCGGGGGUGCUGACUAUGGAUCAGUGAGGAUAGGAGCCUUUAUGGGUCGGAAAAUGAUAAAAUCCACUGCAUCCGAUCUCUCUUCAGAAUCAUAUUCAAAUGGUAAUGGGAAUAAUCUUGAUGAGUUGGAAGAGUAUGGGAUUGAACUGCUCCACAAUGAAGCUUCUCUAGAUUAUCUAUGCAAUCUCGCUCCUCACAGAUUUGAAGCUAUUUAUUCUAAGAAUCUACCGGAUAUCAUGAAUGGUGAAGAAUUUUUGACCAAAUAUGAUCAUCACAAUGAUCCAGUCACAGUAAUUGAUAAGAAACGUUCAUAUGGAGUUAAAGCAGCUACCAGACAUCCUAUUUAUGAGAAUUUCCGCGUGAAGGCCUUUAAAGCACUACUGACAUCUGCUUCAUCCGAGGAGCAGCUUACUGCUCUUGGAGAAUUAAUGUAUCAGUGUCACUACAGCUAUAGUGCUUGUGGAUUAGGGUCAGAUGGAACGGAUAGACUUGUUCAAUUGGUUCAAGAAAUGCAGCACAGCAAAUCGUCUGUGUCUGGAGAUGGAACCUUGUACGGGGCAAAGAUUACUGGUGGCGGGUCUGGUGGCACCAUUUGUGUGAUUGGAAGGAAUUGUCUAAAAACCAGCGAACAAAUCCUUCAGAUUCAACAGAGAUACAAAAAUGCAACAGGGUAUAUGCCAUUUUUGUUUGAAGGUUCAUCACCAGGUGCAGGAAAGUUUGGUCAUCUGAGAAUUCAUCGUCGCGUCACUUCCAAACAGAAUUAGUCCAUUAUUUCAUCCUAUUAUGAAAAUCAAGGAUCCUUACAGAUCUGGUCAUAAUAAAAAAAAAUUACUUAUAUUUUUAAUGACUACCAUAAACGACUAGAUCAUGAUAAUGGUACUGUUACGAAUAGUGCUAGGAAAAGAAGGUUUCUAAAGGAUUUUUAUUUUGAUCGAUA